AUGCCCCCCAACCAAGCUGCCUGGCUCACAGCUGCUCAAACCCAGUCGCUUGAGGUCAAUGGCGCCUCGAUGGGCAGACCGCAAGAGAGUCAAUCACUCGUCAAAAACCGAGCUAUAGCCAUCAACCCUAUUGACGGGAUACUGCAGCGAGACGUUGCCGGAGAGAUUGUCGAAGUCGGGCCUAACGUAUCCAAACUCGCAAAAGGCUUCCAAGCUUACACCAUUCUAGAAGCCAACAUAACUUAUCAAGUCCCUGAUGACAUGCCAUGGGAAAAGGCUGUAGUAAUCCCAACCGGAUCGACCACCGCAGCCUGCGCCUUGUUCCAUCCCGAGUUCCUCGAUUCACAGCUGCCUGGGACAGGUGUCAGGGAACGACAUAAGGAUGUCGGGCGCAAUGCCAUUCAGGUCGCUAUGGCUACUGGCUACGAGGUUAUGACCACGUCACCGCCUAAGAACUUUAAGUUUGUCAAGGGUCUUGGAACAAGCCACGUUUUCGACUACGCCAGCGAACAGGCUAUCGAGCAAUGCGUACAACUCGCACAGAUGGUUGAAGGGGUCAAAUGUAUUGCAUCAAUGACAGGCGGUUUUUCCGCACCUCCAAGCGGUGUUAAGGUGGGACAUGUGUAUGGCCCGAUAAUUGCAGAAAUCCAGAUAGCAGAGGCAAUAUAUUAUGUUCUCGCUCCUGAGCCUCUAAUAGUAGGUAAUGGUCUAGGGAGCAUCUAG